AUGUUGCGCAGCCCCCCCCGGGCUGGCGGGGAGGGGGCGGGGCCCGAGGCUCUGGCCGGCACCGCCCCUUUCUGCCCCCGCAGGCCGAGGAGCGGAGCCACAAGGCCCCUUGGGAUUCCGCGGGGUGAGAUCUUUCUGGAAGCCGUGCUGAGAGGGGGCCGGACGGAAGAGCGAGCCGGGGAGAAUCUGGGCAGACAGACAGACCCCCCGGGCAGGUGUGACUCUGCAGAGGAAAUGAAGUUGGUCCUCGGGCUCCUGCUGUCCAUGGCAUGGGCAGUGCUCCAAGCAAACAUCACCCUGACUGGAAAGCAAAUAUUUCUGACGUGUCAUGUGUGUGAGGAGGUCAAUACUUUUACCUGCAAGAAUCCAGAGAAGUGCAAUGUAGGAGAUGCAUUCUGCAUCACCGUGGGUACCAGGCUGACCAAUCGCUACUUGCUUGUUUCCAAGCAGUGUCAUAAAUUGUGCCCAUUUUUGGAUUACUAUUAUCAAAAGUUUUCAUACGAGAAAGAAUUUCCGAGUGCUUUUGUCUAUUCCCAUUGUUGUGCUGAGAAUUUAUGCAACUUUGGCAUCCCCUUCACCUCAGAGGGGGACACAGACAUCUAUGGCCAGAAUAAUUUAGUAGGCGUUGCCCAUCAGAGGGUCAGCAACACAGGGCUGGUGAUAGUUCUAAGCUUCCUGCCUGCCCUGCUUCAGGUUAGCUUGUGACCUGGAUCCUCCAUCUCACAGAGCCCUAAAAAUGGUCAUCACACUCAUUCCCUAGCAACAAUGCUUUUUAACAGCCAUGUCCUAUUGGAGAGGUCAUAAACCCUAUAAUUUUAUAGCCUUCUCUCCUCUCCCCCCUUUCACUUCCACUCCCAUGCUGUCAAGGCAUUAAUAGGGAAGGGUGGGCUGAAAGCAAAAGCCAUUGCUUAAAUGUUAAUAAAAGUAAAUAUUUUUGGAUUGAAACUGGGUCUUCUUGA